ACUGACAAGUUGCACUGCGUGUGUCGAAUCUGACGUGGCAAAAGCGGUUUCGCUUUUACCUAAACACAGACAGAUGCCAUGGCAGCAACUAAAGCAGCCAAAGAACAGAAGUACGACAGGCAACUCAGAUUAUGGGGGGACCAUGGUCAAGAAGCUCUUGAGAAUGCCCACGUUUGCCUGAUCAAUGCUACAGCAACUGGGACCGAGAUCCUGAAAAACCUUGUCCUUCCUGGCAUUGGAGCGUUCACUAUAGUUGAUGGUCACACGGUUUCUGGAGAAGAUGUAGGAAACAACUUCUUCCUCAGCCCCGACAGCAUUGGAAAGAACAGAGCACAGGCUGCCAUGGAGCUGCUCCAAGAACUGAACACUGACGUAUCGGGCAAUUUUGUGGAAGAGAGUCCUGACAUGCUGUUGGACUGUAAUCCAGAGUUUUUCCAUCGAUUUAGCAUUGUUAUUGGUGUGCAGUUGCCUGAAAGCACGAGUCUGAGGCUGGGCUCCGUUCUGUGGAGCGCCUCAGUACCAUUCCUGCUUUGUAAAACCUACGGGCUCAUUGGCUACAUGAGGCUGGUUGUGCAAGAGCACACAGUGAUCGAGUCCCACCCCGACAAUGCUUUGGAGGACCUGAGGUUAGACCGGCCCUUUGCCGAAUUCAAGAAACACAUUCAUUCCUAUGACCUCGAAAACAUGGACAAAAAGGAUCACAGUCACACACCUUGGAUUGUCAUCGUGGCCAAAUGUCUUGAAAGAUGGCUCAGCGAGCAAGACUCGCAGCUCCCCAGAAAUUACAAGGAGAAAGAAGCCUUCCGACAGAUUAUCCGGGAAGGGAUCCUGAAGAAUGACAAAGGUGUUUUGGAGGAUGAAGAAAACUUUGAUGAAGCAAUUAAGAACGUCAACACGGCUUUAAAUCCAACAAAGAUCUCAAGUGUUAUCCAAGACCUCUUUGACGAUGAACUAUGUAACAACAUAACAUCACAGACUUCGGCCUUUUGGGUCAUGCUUCGAGCUGUAAAAGAAUUUGUACACAAUGAAGGCUGCGGCAGCCUCCCUCUGCGCGGGACCAUCCCAGAUAUGAUCGCUGACUCACAGAAGUUUAUCAAGCUUCAGAAUGUUUACAGGGAAAAGGCCCUGGAGGACGCGGCGUCUGUUAGCAGAUACGUCGAAAGUCUGCUCCAGUCUGUCGGAAAGGCACCUGAAAGUAUCCCGGAAAAGGACAUCAGGCUCUUCUGCAAGAAUGCCUCCUUCCUACGCCUGGUGCGCUGCCGAUCUCUAGCGGCAGAGUACAACGUGGAUUCGGUCAACAGAGAUGAAAUCACUUCAUGCAUGGACAAUCCCGACAGCGAGAUGGUCUUCUACCUCAUGCUUCGAGCCGUCGAUCGCUUCUACCAGCAGCACUCCCGCUACCCUGGAGUGUACAACUACCAAGUGGAAGAGGACAUCAGCAAGCUGAAGCUGUGCGUCACCGGCCUGCUGCAGGAGUACAACCUUAACGUCAACAUCAAGGACGAUUACGUGCACGAGUUCUGUCGAUAUGGUGCAGCAGAGCCCCACACAGUUUCUGCAUUUAUGGGAGGUUCAGCUGCUCAAGAAGCCAUCAAGAUCAUCAGCCGGCAGUUUGUGCCGUUCAACAACACCUUCAUCUACAACGCAAUGUCACAGACCUCUGCUACUCUACAGCUGUGAGCCAGGAAACCGGAGAGAGCUGCUCAAAGCUAUGGAAGGUUUUCAUGAUGCCUAUCAGAUCUCCUCGCUCUGACCCACGGUCCAGUAGUUUGUUCACGGUUGGGUAACCACCCCUGUCCUCCCACCUCUCUUCACACACACACACACACACACUUUCAUUGACUCCCCUGUGCUAACGUCCGUACGUUAGCGUCUAUGUGACAAAGCCCGUCGGACUUGUGACAAGGGUGUGAGCGGCAUGCCGGGCCGCCUCUCCAAACCUGACACAGUUGAUCAACGCAAAAACCGUACGUGCCAUCGUAGACGUCUUAACUCCAACCCAGUUCAUAUCUUUGACGUCUAUAACCGUCUAAAUGAGUUAAUGCUUCGGAUUUCGUGUGAAGGUGUCAGCUUUCUUUUGGGGUUCUUUCCAUUCUGAAACUAUUUCAAAGCCAAAUGACAAAUUGGGAUUUUUUUAUCUGUGAAAAUUGAGAAGGCAGCGAGCGGUAUUGCAUAACCCAAAAUAUUUGCAGUGAACAAGGACCUACAGGACAUUGCUCUUCAUUAUCAGCCCAAAUCUAGCCGGCAUCACAGCUAGCAAGGUUGUUAGCAUUUCCUUUUGUACCUUGGUUGUUCCGCAACGAUACGCUUCAUUUGGCAAGCGCAAGGGAUUCCGAUCAACCCGAUGCAAGAGUCGAUGAUGUCGAACAACGUGCACGGAAAGACGAGAAGCUCACUGUGGGACAAUCUUUUUAUUCUCUGUUCAAUCAUUUGAAGGUUCUCACAUUUGUUAGAAAAGGCCAAAACAUGGUAUGGCUCUGCACAUCAUAGAAAGAAUAUAUGAAAGUCAGCUAAUAUGGCGUCAUAUUAAUCGAGCUCACACACAAAGACACUUCACUCGUUAAUAACAUGUCUACGCUUUUGUCCGGGAAUUUUCUUCGGGUGUGCGCUUCAACUGUUUUGGGUCAACCCUCCGAUUCCAAACCCGAGUGUGUCCGUGAACUUUCCUUUCACCCGCUAUCAUCUACCAAGCUCUGUCUAUCAUCAUGCGACUGACUGCGUGAUUUUUUUUUUUGUU